UCGGAGCUGCGGCGGAGUCCGUGAACGCACCGUGUCCCUGAUUACUACAGCAGUGAGUGCCAGAGCUGCUCCACGGUAGCCGCUUCGCUCCACAGCCAGCAGAGAGCCGCGCCUCGCCGGGCAGGGGCGGGGGCACACACCGACGGGCUCUGGACUCUGUGAUGUGCAGUAAAUGGGAUUAAAGCGCUCAGACAGCUCUGGGAAACACUAAUAGUGGUAGUGGCGGUGGUAGUAGUAGCCGUGCCGCGUGCAACUUACGCCGCCGGUGAGAACUCACACAUGCUGGAGUCUAAGUGGGGCAGAGGGGGGCAGAGGACCCGGGGGAUGCUAGAAUUACUUUGCUGAACUUCCAUAAAUAGAACAAGAUAAAUUAAUCGAGUUUUAUUUUUAUUUUUUGUGUGUGGAGAUAUUUGAGGACACAAUGGAGGGACACGCGGGUGAGCACCACAACAGCAGCAGCAGCAGCGACGACGUUCGGAAGAGCGGCUACCUCCGCAAACAGAAGUCCAUGCACCGGCGCUACUUCGUGCUCCGCGGCGCCUCGGAGCGCGGUCCGGCCCGGCUGGAGUACUACGAGAGCGAGAAGAAGUUCCGCGGCAAGGCCCCCGUCCCGAAGAGGGUCGUGGCGCUGGAGACGUGCUUCAACAUCAACAAGCGGGCCGACUCCAAGAACAAGCACAUGAUCGUGCUGUACACGCGGGCGGAGAGCUUCUCCGUGGCCGCGGAGAGCGAGGCGGACCAGGACGAGUGGUACCAGGCCAUGGUGGAGCUGCAGUGCAAAAGUAAAAACCCUACAGACGGCAGUGCUUCAGGAGACUAUGGAGCGCCCAAUCCUGGACCUGCGUUCAAAGAGGUGUGGCAGGUGAAGGUGUGGCCCAAAGGCCUGGGUCAGGCCAAAAAUCUGGUUGGCAUCUAUCGCCUCUGCCUUACAGACAAGACGGUCAACUUCGUGAAGCUGAAUUCCGAUGCUGCUGCCGUGGUACUGCAGCUGAUGAAUGUUAGGCGCUGCGGCCAUUCGGAAAACUUUUUCUUCGUCGAGGUCGGGCGCUCUGCUGUGACGGGCCCUGGUGAAUUCUGGAUGCAAGUGGAUGAUUCAGUUGUAGCCCAGAACAUGCAUGAAACCUUGCUGGAAGCCAUGAAAGCACUGAGUGAGGAGUUCCGCUUACGCAGCAAGUCCCAGUCUAACUCUGGCCCUGGGGGAGGUGCGACUGCUUCCAACCCCAUCAGUGUACCCUCACGCCGCCACCACCCCAACCCUCCUCCCAGUCAAGUUGGUUUCCUACGUAGGCCUCGAACAGAGCCACCUGGAGGAGCUAAUGGUGGAGGUGCUUCUAGUGCCUCUCCCACACCCCAGCACAGCUUCCCAAGGUCUCGCACUGCCAGUGACGGAGGGAAAGGUGAGGAUGGGAUUGCAGGGUCCACCCCUACACAUGGAGUGAACUCUAGCCCUUCAGCCAAUGGCUCCUGCUCCACCACGCCAAUCCUCAGGUCAAAGUCAGCCCGUUCAGCCCCAACCGCAAAUACUAAAUCUCCCUUUGCGUUGAUGCGCUCCAUUUCUACCCCAGCACCAUCCCCAGUCCAAAGUCUGUCAUCUAGCUCUGGGCAUGGCUCAGAGUUUGGAUGUAUGACAUCUGCUGGUGCCAUUUCAGGGUCUGGUACCUACAGUCGUGUGUCCUCUCAUCACAUCUCUGUCUCGGGCUCACCCAGUGAUUAUGGCUCCUCAGACGAGUAUGGUUCCAGUCCUGGAGACCACUCAGUCCACCCAUCCCCAAGUCUCCCUGGAAGCUCCAUUGGCAGCAUUGGCAACCAGUCCCUAGGUGAAGAUGGGGCCAACUAUAUUCUGAUGAGUCAACGUGGUGAUGGAAUGGCAGUUGGCAAUAAUAAUCAAGGAACCUUGACGUCCAGCUCUCAGCUUGCAUCAGGAUUACCAACCAGUGGCUCCUUGCCCCAGACUAGAAGGGUGCUUCGUCGUUCCUCAAGCCGUGAAUGUGAAGCUGAACAAAGGCUACUGAGCAAACGUGCCUCCUUACCACCUAUGGCUCUGGAAAGACUUGCCCCACGCCAGCGCAGAGCUGAGGAGCCAGAUGAAGAGUCAGCUGAUUAUGCAAUUAUGUCAAGAAGCACUAGCAGAGAAUCCUUUACAUCAACAUGCUCUUCUACGCAGAGGGAAUCAGUCAUCGGUGCAGGUGUGGGAACAGGAGGGUACUUUGAUGUUGCUGGAGAGUUAAAAACUGAAGGGGGUGCAGGUGGUGGUAUAGAUAUAGGGGUGGACAAUGGGUACAUGUCUAUGUUACCCGGAGUUACUCAGCCUCCAGUGUCCUUGUCCCAGUCAAUUGCUGUCUCGGUUCCUGAAAUAGAUCCCAAGCCUGCCGAUGACUAUAUGGCCAUGACCCCUAACAACAGCGUGUCCCCUCCUCAGCAGAUUCGACAUCCACUACCUUCUGAUGGCUAUAUGAUAAUGUCCCCAAACAGUAGCUGCUCACCAGACCAGCGUGGAGGUCUCUCUGAAGGAGCUUGGGUAGGCAGUGGAAGCGCAGACAGCAGAGCUGGCAGUGACUAUAUGAACAUGUCUCCAAUUAGUGCACCUUCUGUAAAUGGCAGCACCCCACAUUCUGAGCACAACUGCCAUUUGGAAACAGGUUUGCAGCAACAGCUCCCAAAGAUGGUGUAUUCUUACUACUCUCUUCCUCGGUCGUACAAGCAUAACCCCACUGCUGGGCAUUUUGACGAUGGGACUGGACGAGGUCGAAGGCCUAAUGGGAGCUGCCGGGAAAUAAAUGGUCGUAGAGGUACUGCUGGGCGUCAGAGUCAACCAGCUAGCAAUUCAGUUGCUCAGUCCCUAUCUUCAUCCUCAUACUCUUCCAGUUCAGCCAGCAAUGAGAGUCUUGGGGAAACCGACGACGGGACCACUAAGGUGUUGAAUAAAAUGACAAGUGGCUCCAAGUCCAAAGAGGGGAGCAAAACAGGUCAGAGACGAGGCGCUGAUGGAUUGUCAAAACAUGGUAAUCAUCCUAGAAAUCGUCCAGUUAGCCUAUUUGUUGAUGUAUCAAAAGCUAACACCCUUCCCAGGGUCCGUGAGAACCCUUUACCCCCAGAACCCAAGAGCCCUGGGGAAUAUGUAAGCAUUGAAUUCAAAGGAGAAAAGUGCAACUACGCUGGGGUUGGAGUAGGUCGAGGCAGGGGGCUAAGACAUGGAUCACUGCUGCCUCAGGGCUCAAACAGCCAGAGUCCUCAAAUGAGGCCAGUAUCCUGUGUCGGGAACUUUAUUCCCCUCUCACACAGUCCAUCUACGCCCAUCACUCCCCCAUCUGCCUCUGAAUAUGUCAACAUGGACUUGGGUCCUUCUCCAUCCCCUUCACCCCAUUCCCUUACCCCAAUUGUUUUCCCACCUUUCCACACCCCUCCCACUCCUCCGGUUCUUGCUUAUGUCCCUAAAACUUGUAAAGAAGGUCCUGCUAGUCCUUGUGAAGGGGAUCGUGAAGUGUCUGAGGCACCUCUUGGGAAAAACAGAGAAACAGUUACUGAAGCCGAGUCUCCUACAUCUUGUGGGGACUACACAGAGAUGGCUUUCAGUUUAAACAAAAACGCUGUCCCGCGAACAUCACCCAAUAUCUCACCAAAAGUUCCAUCUCCGACCAGGACUGAUCCAUCUGUUUCAGUGCUGUCUCGGGGUCUAGACUUUCCACUGUGUAAAUCAGGACCGAACCCUGACCAGGGGGCUAAGGUAAUACGUGCUGACCCCCAAGGACGCAGACGGCACUGCUCAGAAACCUUUGUUGCCUCACCUUCCGUCCCCACUUGUACUUCUACUUCUUCUUCAACUGCUUCCCUCUUUCCUGAACACACCCAGACCCGCCGCCUUGGAUUUGAAAGCAUGUUGUGGGGUAGUGGUUCGGUUACUGAUCCCCCAAGCCAACCCCCUCUUCCUGGAAAUGGUCAGACCUUAUCUACAGAGCAAGGACUUAACUACAUAGACUUGGAUCUGGUCAACAAAGAGAGUCCACAUGCCAGCCUGGAUGGGUCAUCGGGAAACCAGGCCCAAUCUCGGCUCUUUUCUGUAGCGGCUGCAGGUUCUGGAGUUGGUGCAGCAGCUGGUGGAAGCAACAGUUCAAGCCUCAACACAUACGCCAGCAUUGACUUCUACAAAUCAGAGGAGCUGAGGACACAUCAAAAUGGAAACAAAGAGGGAACAGUGUUUCCUCUGCGGAGCCCUCUGCCUUGGGGCCGGUGGUUGGCGACGGCGGCCGGGGCGCUCCUCGGGUAGUGCCCGGGCAGUGGUGGGGGUCUCCGCCCUCCCCCGCUGGGCGUCAUGGGCCAGUGUCUUGGCUGCUGCCGUGGAUCUGUUGCUGUCGAGGCAGAUGGCUCCACUGAUGAUGUGUCGUCCAUUACCUGACCCAUCUGAACUCAACCUGUUGUUUACUCUGUUGUUCACGUGUGUGUGUGUGUGUGUGUGUGUGUGUGUGUGUGUGUGUGUGUGUGCGUGUGCGUGUGCGUGUGUGUGUGUGUGUGUGUGUGGGUGAGUGUACGUUCACCUUGGAAAUUAGUUGCGGGAGGGAAAGUGUAAUUGUCAAUUGUUUUAUACUUGGGGAGGGGGGCUGGGAUGAGAAUAUGGGAUCUAUGGGGCCAUUUUAAUCUGUGAAGCACUUUAAGGCCCUGUCCACUCGUAGCCGGGGAUCUGCCAAAACGUAGAUAUUUUUCUACGUUUUGGCCUGUCAUCCACACGAAAACGGAUCUUUUUAAAAACUCCGGCCAAAGUGAAGAUCUGCAUUUUCUCCGUUUUGGGUGUCUGCGUGUGGACGGACAAAACCGGAGUUUUAAGGUCCGCAACGUCACUUUCCGCGACAAAAAAAUGCUGACAUCACGUGUGCGACCUGUGUUUACACUAGCCGGCAUCAUGGAUGCCCUCAGAGCUGCGCUCUGUCACUACCCGAUCCAUCAAUUGUCCAAGCGCUUUUUGCUUGUUUGUUUUUGCAAGCGGAAUUACUGCUCCUUGCGGAAGACCACAGACGAAGGACGAGGUUAAGAACGGGGGAAGUACUGCCACCUACAGGCCUGGCAUGUCCUUAACAACGUAUUCAUCCGGGUACGUGUGGACAGUUUGUUUUUAAAACGCGGUGGUGUGGAUGCAAGUUUUUGGAGGGGCGGAUAUUCGUUUUUAAAAACCCCUGUCUACGUGUGGACUAGGCCUGAGUUGCAUAUUUUUUGUAUGAAAAGUGCUGUAUAAAUAAAGUUGAGUUGAUUUGAUUUGAUGAUUGACAGAGGUUUUUAGACAAAUGCAAAAGAACAAUAUUAUUAAUUUUUCCCCCUUUUUUUAAAUCUCUGCAAUAUAUUUAUAGCUAUACCAGGCGUAGGCAAUCCUGUUCUUUCAGUGUUGCUAUCCAGCAUGUUUUAGUUGUUUCCCUGCUCAAACAAACUAGAUUAAACGGUUCAAUCAUCUGUUCACCAGGUUAUAAACCUCUGAAGAGGCCUUUAAUCACUUACUGAUGAAACUCAGGUGUGUUGGAGCAGGCAGGAAACAACAAAACCAUGCUGGAUAGCAGCACUCAUGGAUCAGGAUGGCCUCCCCCUGAGCUAUACUAUGUUACAAUGUUAAGAGGCAUCAAAAUAAAUGUUUUAAUUUAAUGUGUUUUUCACAUUUGACACCAGCACUGGUUUCCUAAGUUUAGGAAACAAUGUUUCUGCCUAAAUGAGUCACAGUAGGUCAGAGUUAAGUCCAACUCCAGUUUAGGAAAUUGAUGACUUUCCAAACAAAAACAUCUCUGGAAAAAAAGUUGCAUCAAAGAGCAGAAAAUGAGUGAAAAAGCAUCCAGGUUCAAAGAAUCAAAAGACCUGCAGAAAGUGAGAAGAACUACAGAAAUGAAUGACUGUGGGGAACUUAAAGCCGCAUGAGGAGAAGAACUCUGAAGGUGAUUGUGGGUCUACGCCCCGACAUGCCUGCGCACACACACCCCUCCUCACAUCAUCACACAUUAAUGCGCCACAGCUCUAUGGGAAAGUGGAUGGCCCUAAUUUCCACGGGUAUAAGUAAGUCGAUGGUGUGUGUGUGUGUGUGGGAUGGUGGUGGUGGUGGUGGUGGUGGUGGGGGGGGGGGGGGGGUUAAUCCAGAGUAUAAUGUGACUGGUUGAUCCCCCUUCUCCUCCACCUUCUCCUUGCUCUGGGGCCCGGUCACUUAUAGAUGGAGCUGUUUUUAGGUGUAGAAUGGAGAAAUGUGAGGGGGUCAGGUCGUGUGAAUGAAAUGGCUUUGAUCUGAGUUUAGAGCCCGUUCCUUUUUAGUUUUCCUUUUUAGACUUGUGGGGCCUAACUGGAAGCUCUUAUUUUGAAAAAGUUUUUUUUUUUUUUAGGGCUACCAGAGCACUUCUUAGAUCAUUUAUUCUGCAAGUGGAGAAAUGAAAAUGAGGAACUACCGCCACCUAGUGGAGAAUCCAUGCCAUCAGAAUUCCAGGUAAUGAGAAAAUUAAAAAGAUAAAUGUCAUUGUAACAAAAUUCAGCAUGCAUUGCUGUGCUUGGGAAAAUUGCGUUGUUCUUGUUUUAUGCUAUUACAUUGUUUAUUACAACGCCUGAGCAGAAAUAAAAGAACAAUCCCAGAAGGGAGCAGAGGUGAAUCUGUGUCAGGACAUGGAACAGUCAUCCGCAUGGGAACGGGGACACAAGAAAUGGGAAUACACUCGUUUUAUUAAAAGCCUCCACCACGACCUUG